AUGGACAAAAUCACACUUUCUUGCACUUUCUUCCUUUCCAUUGUAUUCUUUUCGUGCAUUACAGAAGCAGUGACAUAUAAUGUGAUCGACUUUGGUGCAAAACCAGAUGGGGAAACCGAUGCAACCUAUGCGUUCUUAAAGGCUUGGGCAUCGGCAUGCAACUCGGGUUCCGGGUCGGGCUCAGGCUCAGACUCAAACUUAGGCUUGACCAUUUACAUACCAAAGGGGACUUACAUGAUAAAUGCAGCAAAGUUUCGAGGUCCAUGCAAGGACCAGAUCGAUGUUCGGAUUGAUGGUACGCUUGUAGCCGAGCCCCCCGUGGAUUAUUCCGACGAUGCAGGAAAUUCUGGCUACUGGAUAUUAUUCAUUAAUGUGGACCGGCUUCGGGUCAUUGGUGGAACUCUUGAUGGUAAGGGGACUAACUUUUGGGAAUGCAAAAGCUCUGGACAGAACUGCCCAACAAGAGCAAGGUCGAUCACAUUCAACUGGGCUAACGACAUCGUGAUUGACGGUUUAACCUCGAUUAAUAGCCAACUUAUGCACCUGGUAAUCAAUAGUUGCAGCAAUGUAAAAGUGCAAAAUGUGAAGAUUAUUGCACCAGCUCUAAGCCCCAACACAGAUGGGAUUCAUGUCCAGUCCUCUACUAGGGUUACCAUCACUGAAAGUAAUAUCCAAACAGGAGAUGACUGUAUAUCAAUUGGACCAGGGACAACAAAUUUGUGGAUGGACAGUAUACAUUGUGGCCCUGGCCAUGGAGUCAGCAUUGGAAGCCUAGGAAGGAAUUUUAACGAAGAAGGUGUCGAGAAUGUGACCUUAAGAAAUUCAGUUUUCAAUGGAUCCGAUAAUGGGCUCCGCAUAAAAACAUGGGCCAGGCCCAGCAAUGGGUUUGUCCGAAAUAUACACUAUCAAAACAUCACUAUGAACAAUGUGGGGAAUCCUAUAAUCAUCGACCAAAAUUAUUGUCCUAACAACCAAAGUUGUCCUGCUCAGAGUUCGGGAAUCGAGAUUGAGAAAGUUUGGUAUGAAAAUAUACAAGGAACAUCGACAACAGAAGUGGCCAUGAUUUUCGAUUGUAGUCCAAGUAAUCCCUGCAGAGGGAUCAAGCUGCAAGACGUUAACCUCACUUAUAUGAACAGGACCAAGGCACUAUCAGUUUGCAAUAAUAUUGGAGACGACGCUAUCUUGCCGGAUACAUGUAUUUCAUGA